GCGGGACCCGCCCGGACCCCAAUAAAGGCUCUGAGCCCCCUGCGCCCCGACUCUUGCUUUGCGUUACCGCCUGCGAUCGGCUCGGCUCGGCCGCGAUCGGCCCGCUCGGCGAGUAGCGCUCGGCUACAAUCGGCCCGAUUCGGCUACAAUCGGCCCGAUUCGGCUACAAUCGGCCCGAUUCGGCCGUGCUCGGGCUAUCUCGGGAAUUAUUGCCCUGACUCGGUUACAAUCGGCCCGACUCGGCCACACUCGGCUACAAUCGGCCCCACUCGGCUGCUAUCGGCUGCGUCCGCCUCGGCUCGGGGCGGGGCGGUGCGUUGCGCAGGCGCAGUGCGCGCUGCCGCCGCCAUGAACCCCCUGACGAAGGUGAAGCUGAUCAAUGAGCUGAACGCGCGGGAGGCGGAGCUGGGCGUGCAGGAGGCGGUGUCGUGGCACGCGGAGUACAAGGACAGCGCUUGGAUCUUUGUGGGCGGGCUGCACUACGCGCUGACGGAGGGCGAUGUCAUCUGCGUGUUCUCGCAGUACGGCGAGGUGGUCAACAUCAACCUCGUGCGGGACAAGAAGACCGGGAAGUCCAAGGGCUUCUGCUUCCUGUGCUAUGAGGACCAGAGAAGCACCAUCCUGGCUGUGGAUAACUUCAAUGGGAUCAAGAUCAAGGGACGGACCAUCCGCGUGGACCAUGUGGCCAACUACCGGCCCCCCAAGGAGUCUGAGGACUGGGAUGACGUGACUAGAGCCCUCGAUGCCAAGGGCUGCGGGGUGAAAACGCCACCUCACACCUCGUCCGACUCCCUGUCUGAGGAUGAGGAGGUGCCCGUGAAAAAGCAGAAAGAGAAGCAGCGGAGCAGAGCAGAACGGUCAAAGUCGAGCCCACAGGCUGGGAAGCGGGUGAGCACGGAGGAGCCCCAUCCCAGGAUCAAGAUCAAGAAGGAGAAGGAGGACCCCGGGUACGAGCGCUAUGCUGGCGGGAGCACCGACAGGAGCACCGGGAGCACCGACAGGAGCGCCGGGAGCACCAACAGGAGCACCGGGAGCACCGACAGGAGCGCCGGGAGCAGGACGCAGCGCGAUGAGGAGCAGCGGCGGCACCAGCGGCACUCGGACAGCAGGGGGGACAAGAACUGCCGCGAGCAGAGGGGCCAGAGCAGCUCCUGGGAGGAGCGGGAGAGGAGGGAGGAGGCUGGCAGGAGGGGCGAUGGGCACAGCAGCCGGCAAGACGGGUCCCCCAGGGGAGGCAGAUCCCGGGAGCCCCAUUCCAGGCACAGGGAGUGGGGCUCUGGCAGAGACUCCAGCCGCUGCUGAGCCCUCGGUGAGCGUUGCGGUGAGGGAGGCUCUGAGCCUGCCUAAACCUGCUCCAGGCUCCUGGGAUGCUGCGGCUGGACCUUUCACCUGGGAGCUUCCCCUUGCCUCUCAUCCCACCCUGGGCUGGGCUCUCCACGCUGCCCGUUCUGCUGGCUGGGACAGCGGUUUGUCCUGUGACCAAGGAGGGUGCCAAGCAGUGAAGGCUGGGAGCAGCAGCAGGAUGCUCCCCUUCCCUAAAUCCCUUAGGGCAGCGUCCCCCUCUUGCUCUGGGGGCAGAGGUUGCUGCUGGGUGUCUCCUCUGGCCUCCUGGGCCAGGUUUGGGCCCUGUGCCAACCCAGCGUCAUCUGGAAUUCCAUGAUGUAUCCACAGGGAUACACUGCUGUGCUGGGGUGAUUUGUCAUGGAUUUGUUUAAAUGUUUCUUAAUAAAAGUUCCUGUUAGGGA